GCUGCGCGUCCAUGUCAAGCAAGUGAGUUUUCAUCUGUGUAAUUUAGAGGAUCAAUAUAAAUUAAAAAUGCGGAAUCCUCACAUAAAAUAGUGCCAAUUGUGUAAAUGAAACAUUCAAUAAACAAAUACCCGACUUAUGUGCAAGUUAUACGAAGUGAUUAACCUUUGGGUUCUUUUUUUUGUUCGUAACACGAAAAAUACUUACCUGUGAAGAAAUGAAGGGGCCGUCCUUUAUCUUCGACAUAGUGAAGUGUUAGCCCCGAAUACCGAGAAAUCAUGGACAGUUUAUAAUUUUGGCAUUAUGUAGUGUGAUUGAUUUAAUUUCGUUUAAAAUUUCGUAAAGUGCACAGUUUUGAGGCAUUGACUUGAAUUGUGUUAUGCCGUCGAUAUGAUGUGGUUGUGCGUAGCGGUGGCGGCCUCGGUAAUAGCCGCACUAAAUGUUAGUGGGGAGCAAGUUAUGUUACUCGAUACCACGACUGAAGACUCUCUAGGAUGGACACGCUAUCCGUACGGUCCGCAAGCGAGCACUCCCGGCUGGGUCGAAGAAUCGUACACGAAUUUCGAGAAGCAAAUCAACUGGCGAUCUUAUGUCGUGUGUGACGUCGCACAUCAUAAUGUGAACAACUGGCUGUGGACACCUUACAUCGAGAGAAGAAACGCCAAUCGGAUUUAUAUUGAGAUCAAGUUCACAAUAAGAGACUGCUCCCUCUUUCCAGGUAAUGCUCUCAGUUGUAAAGAAACUUUCAGUUUGCUCUACUAUGAAUUUGACGUUGCCACUCGUGAACACCCACCAUGGGAGCCCGAGAGCUACAAACUAGUUGGCCGCAUUGCUGCAGGGGAAGGCAGAUUUAAUACCAACUCGGAGGUAGAUAUAAACACUGAAGUAAAAAGUAUUGCAGUUACAAAGCGGCUAGUGUCCAUUGCAUUCAGAGAUCAGGGUGCCUGUAUCUCCAUACUUGCCAUCAAAGUUUACUACAUCACAUGUCCAGAGGUCACAUUCAACUUUGCAAGAUUUCCUGCUACACCGACAGGUAGAGAGGUUACUGUUAUAGAGCAAGCAAACGGAACAUGCGUUGAAAAUGCUGAGAUUGCUCCUGGUGAAAGUGCCCCUGUAUAUUUCUGCAAGGGUGAUGGUAAAUGGACAUUACCAACAGGAUCAUGUAAGUGCAAGGCAGGCUAUGAACCAGAUCACACUAGCCAAGUAUGCAAUCAAUGCGUUCCUGGCAAGUUCAAGUCACACACAGGAGAUGAUCCUUGCGCACCAUGUCCUAAUCAAUCUGAAACCACCUCAUAUGGGUCAAAUGAAUGUAAAUGUGUUCCUGGUUUCUUUAGGGCUAAGAAGGACCCAAAGAAUGUACCUUGUACACAACCACCAUCAGCACCAGAAAAUAUUACUGUUACUUUUACUGAUCAAUUUUCUAUAUCUCUAGCAUGGCAACCACCUCAAAAGACUGGAGGCAGAUCUGAUGUUACAUAUAAAGUUCAUUGCCUAAAUUGUGGUCCAAAUGUAGAGUAUAGACCUGCAGCCACAGAUUUGAAUAUGACAAGUGUUUCCAUAUCCAGACUGGACCCUGUUACAGAAUACAAAUUCCAAGUUUUUGCUCUUAAUGGUGUAACCGAGUUAACAGGUGAACCACCAAAGAAAAUUGAGAUUACAGCAGUCACUGAAGCGUCUGUUGUUAGUGUUGUUUCAAAUUUGAAAGUUUUGAGUGUUGAAAGUGACAAGAUUUCUUUAUCUUGGAAUGCUCCACCUGUAGAUCCCAAUGAUCCAGAUGAUAUAAUUGAAAGCUAUGAAAUAAAAUGUUUUCCUAAAGAUAAUUUGGAUAAAGGUGCAAAUUCUACUACUAAAAGAACUACAGAACCCCAUGCUGUAAUUACAGGCCUAAAAAGGGAUACAGAAUAUGCAAUCCGUGUAAGAGCCAAAAUGAAAAGAGGGUGGGGUGAAUUAAGCAGUGUUGUGUAUGCUAGAACAGGUUCUGUUCUUGAAACUACUUUUAUUGGUGAAGAGGAAGGAGCUCAAGUCCGUCUAGUUGCUGGAGUCAUGGUUGCUGUGGUAGUAUUAUCUGUUAUUGCUAUAAUUGCUACAGUACUAUUUUUACGUUCACGUGCUGACGAUGAGUGUGACAAAAAGCAGCCAAAUGAUUGCAAUGCAUUGAACUAUCGCAAUGGAGAGGUAUACACCGGACCAGAUCGACCAACAAAAACCAGUAGUAAUGCAACAACUCCUCUUUUUGCUGGCACAGGAUCAAGAACCUAUAUUGAUCCCCAUACUUAUGAAGACCCUAACCAAGCAGUUAGAGAAUUUGCUCGUGAAAUAGAUGCUUCUUGUAUUACUAUUGAAGCUAUUAUAGGUGGUGGAGAAUUCGGCGACGUUUGCCGUGGCAAGUUGAAGUUACCUUCCAGUUGUGGCCAAGAAAUAGAUGUGGCUAUAAAAACUCUAAAACCAGGAUCUACAGAAAGAGCUCGGCGAGACUUCCUAGCUGAAGCAUCGAUAAUGGGUCAAUUUGAACAUCCUAAUGUUAUAUUCUUACAAGGUGUUGUAACAAAAUGCAAUCCAAUUAUGAUUAUUACUGAGUUCAUGGAGAAUGGUUCCUUAGACACAUUUUUACGUGUAAACGACGGAAAAUUCCGUGUUUUGCAGUUGGUAAGUAUGUUACGUGGAAUUGCAACUGGUAUGCAGUAUUUGUCUGAAAUGAAUUAUAUUCAUCGAGAUCUGGCAGCUCGUAAUGUUCUUGUGAAUACAUCACUUGUAUGUAAAAUAGCAGAUUUUGGAUUAUCUCGUGAAAUAGAAUCAGCCGCUGAUGGCGCAUAUACAACUCGCGGUGGUAAAAUUCCAGUGCGAUGGACAGCUCCGGAAGCUAUCGCUUUUAGAAAAUUUACUUCUGCUAGUGACGUUUGGUCUAUGGGUAUAGUAUGUUGGGAGGUAAUGAGCUUUGGGGAGCGUCCUUACUGGAACUGGAGUAAUCAAGAUGUUAUUAAAUCUAUCGAGAAAGGUUAUCGCCUCCCAGCUCCAAUGGACUGCCCAGAAGCUGUGUAUCAGCUUAUGCUGGACUGUUGGCAAAAGGAACGUACACACAGGCCAACAUUUGCAAGUAUUGUAAAGACUUUAGAUAAGCUCUUCCGCUGUCCAGAUACUUUGAGAAAAAUAGCGCAGAAUCGUUCUGCUGAUCCUCUUGCUGGUGAUACACCUGACAUGGUUCAGUUUUCUUCAGUAGAAGAGUGGCUUGAAUGCAUAAAAAUGUCCCGCUACGUUGAGAAGUUCAGGGCAGCUGGCAUAACAGAUAUGAAUGCUGUGGUUGAUCUAACAGUUCACCAAUUAGCUUCCUUAGGGGUUACAUUAGUUGGACAUCAAAAAAAGAUUAUGAAUAGUGUUCAAAGCAUGCGUGCCCAAAUACGUGUCAGUGGGCCAUAUGGUUUUCUUGUUUAAUGAAUGUGCUUAGAGCAGUGUUAGUGAAUGUGACUAUUUUAAAGAAAACCAUAGGACUUUGAUCUCCAUAAAAGUGAUGCAAAUCAGUGAUUUAUAAUAUGUAACAAAGGAUGCAUUUUGUAUAUUUUUCUAAAGGAACUCUCAUAGAAAUAGCAUUAAGAUUAAAUCACAGAGACAUCUUUAUAGCUAUUAAGAUAUUCAUCACAGCUAGCUAAUAAUUUUAACAUUGUUAACAUAAUGUGUUAAUUUGAUUUGGAGGCAGCUAGCUUGAUAUACAAAUAGUCUACUGGUAUCUGUGAAAAUAUGAGAAAGGCCUAAAAUGUUUUAUAGAACUAUAAUUCAUUUGUUCCAAACACAGCUUUACAUACCGUCUUUAUGUAUACAACGAACAAAAAGCCAUGAUUAAUUUAUUACAUUGUAACCAGCAUUUCUAA